UCUCUCUCUCUCUCUCUCUCUCUCUCUGUCUCUGUCUCUCUCUCUCUCUGUCUCGCUCACUCCCAAGUCUCUGGCCGGUUAAACGCGCCUCGCCUCGCGCUCGUGAUACACCCGUUUGCUCAGGACGGAGACUGAUGGAUUAGCGCGUCCUCAUCUUCAUGGGAAGUAAAGUAGAGUCGCGUAUUUGAAUCGGACCGUGAACCAUGUGUCUCCAGUGGAGGAGAAGCAAGUGAGGUGAGUUUAAGAGAAUGUCUGAGGCAAAUGCUCCCACAGAAAAAGUCUCUAUAACAGCCCCAGAGUUGGAGACUCUGCCCUUAAGGCCAGAUACAGGGCCUGUGAUUGGUGGACUGCGUUUGCGAUCUGCACCAGGGGCUUGUUUGUUGUUUGCUGGUGUUUUGCUGAUAGUAGGAAUCGGCAUUGCUGUGGGGGGAUAUUGGAACAAUCAACCCCGCCGACAAACACAACAUCAUGUUUCAACUGGACGCACCUCUUCAGAGAAACUGAAGCUGAUUGGUCCUGUCAUUAUGGGGGUGGGGCUUUUUAUCUUUAUUUGUGCCAACACAAUUCUCUAUGAAAAUCGUGACCAUGAACAACGUCAUAAGCGAGACCAACAUAAAGACGACCACGCGAUCCUGCUACUGGCACAAACUCAUAGGAACAAUCAUUCGAAACGGUUCUCACAAACAGAAACGAACAUCAACACGCAUACAUUGGACUUGUCUGAACUCAACAUCCAUUGCUUAGAGGAAGGGGCUGGAAUUCCCACCCUAAAGUGUUCCUCGCCAUCCUCUGGCUCAUGUAGCUCCAGUCAAGUGAACUUGGAAACCGGAUCACCCCUCCAAGGUCGCAGAAACAUGGAAAGAUUGGCCUUGCCUGUCAUUAAAGUCAAUGACUGUUUGAUUGGCUCCUCAGACCCAGUGCCUCCACCUCUCCCUGAUCGGACAUACCGGAACAAGAUGGCAGUGGAAAAUAUAGCAAAUGUGGAGCUAACACAAGUGAAUCUUCCAGAUUCAUCUCUAAUGAUACUGAACAAAGAAGAGCCAAAGGAUCGGUAGACUUUUACACCUGAAGUCCACACUAAGGCCCACAUAGUGAAUAUAUUGAAUAUAUUCAAGCCAAAAGAUGUUAGGGUUGAGUAUAGAACAGAUUUCUCUCUAUGAUUCGAUUCUGAUUCAUUUGGGUGUAUUUCCGUUAUAAUGUCCAAUUUGUUUACAGUUUUUUCUCUGCUAAUGCUGUAAUUGUUUCAGAUGGAUUCAAGCUCAUCUUUUUGAACCCACUCAUUUGCAUGAAUGAACUUCACUGGUCGCACUGUAUGUUUUUGAUUCACCAAAAAGGACUGACUCAUAAGAGUCAUUUGUUUGUGAAUGGUCACGUGUGUCUGUUUAAACAAGAAGUCGUUUUAUGUUGUCAUAUUGCUGUACACAGUCUUUUUUAUUACAUCACAGUAUACAGAACUCCCAUUUAGCUUAACCAUUUAGGUUAACCCUUAGCUUAGGGUUUUAUGAGCGAAAUAGUUGAUUUUGAUGUAAGUGGAUGAAUAAAUAGAGAUUUGUUUUUUUUAAAGGUUUUUAAUGAAUCUUACUUUGUAUUGUCACUUGAUGCUGGUGCCUUUGUCAUAUAGUUGCUUUGUUUUGUUUGAAUAAUGGAUUGUUACCUGACUUGUGAGAGUUAUAAGGCUUUGUAGAUUUUCGUUCAUGUGAAUUUUAAGUAAUCAAUUAUAUAUGAUCCUAUUUUUUCAUGUGGUGCCACCCACACAAGCCCAAAAGAAUAGAGACUGCACUAUGUCUCAUUGUGUUUGUAGUUCUGGUCUUUAUAGUUCACAUAAAUGUCAGAGCAAAAAUGAAAGGCGGCCACCUGUGAGAGACACAUAAAUAGACACAUGUGCAUGCAUACAGCUUCUCCUGCUCCUGUCUUAACUAUUCUGUAUCCAACAUGUUUAAAUUCUUAGAGACUGAAAGACAAGCUUCAAGCAGUCGCAGCACAAAGUAGUGUCAGUCGCAUGCAGUCAUACAGUAGCAAGUAAUCCUCUAUUUUGAUUAAUGUGGAUUAAUCCUGAACUAUGCUAUUGCUGCAAAACCAGUACAGCUGUCUGAUACCCAGCAAAAGAGUUUAGUAAUGUGGAUUAAAAGUCGCUUUAACAGUUUACUAUACACUGAGGAAUGAGGGUUUAGCUGGUCUAGUGAGCCCCUACUGAUGGAAGUUGUAACUAC